AUGCUGAGAGCUCUGAAAGGAACUUUUCGAUUUUUCAGCACUGAUAUCAAAAAAGAAGCUAUGGCAGCUAUGGAAGAAUACAAGACUUUUAUAUAUGAUAUUGACUCAUAUACUGCAUGACUUAGCAAGGUUAUGAAGUCCCCUGUACCAGUUGUCCUUAAUUGCUAUGCAGAUUGGAGCAAUCCAUGCAGAAAGCUUGUCCCAAUUAUUCAAAAGCAUGCGUUGGAAGCAAGAGGCAAAUGGGCUCUAGCCAAUUAUAAUAUUGAUGAACUUCCAGAUUUAAUGAAAGGUUUGCAGAUCAAAGUUGUCCCGACACUAAUACUGAUGAAUGGGGGAAAUUAUAUUAAUAAGUUAGAAGGGAUGCCUGAUGAAGACAGCUUGGCUCAGUUUUUAAGUGAUGUAAAAAUGUUGGCUGGGCUGUUAACAGAUGAGGAUAUUCUUGUUAGUGUAUUAGAAGCCGCAAAAGAUUUUCUGAAUGCAAAAGAAUACGAUAACGCAGUUUUCAGCUACAAAGACGCAUUGAAAAAUGAAAAAUAUAGGGAAAAAUACGAAUAUUUAAUUUACUCAAAUUUAGCAAAUGCCCAUUUUCUUAAAGGGGAGCUCGCGAAGGCUGAAGAUUAUGCAAUUAAAGCUCGAAGUAAAAAUCCAGAUGAAGCAAAGACAAAUAAAGAAUUGGAAAAUAUAUUAAAUGUUGUGGAGCAAACAAGGAAUAACCAAGAAUAUACAGAAGUUCUAAAUAAGCUUGAAGAAGAAGCCUCAGCUGAUUUAAUGAAUAUUUCAAAACAAACACAAAUUGCGAUGGUCCAUUUAAAUUAUGGAUACCACCAAAAAGCAAUAGACAAGGCAAUCGAAAUCAUUGAAAAAGAAAAAAGUCUGAAAGGAGAAGGUCAAAAAACUUUAUUAGAAAUUGUAAAAGUAUUAGGAGAAAAGCAUGAAUCAAUUAUUGCUGCAAGAAAAAGGCUGCAAAAAUUAAUGACAAAGAUAUAUGUGUAA